UCACAAGUUGAAGGCUGCGACGAGCCAACUUCACAGUAACACGCAGACGUCAUUGACUAUUACCGAUAACCCUUGUUUGAUCUUCCUCUGUAGGUGAGCUGCAAUGGCAAAAGCGGGGACAGGUGUUGAUCUCACCAGGAAGUUUGUUUCAGAAGCCGAGCUUGACGAGAGGAGGAAAAAAAGACAGGAGGAGUGGGAGAAAGUUAGGAAGCCUGAUGACCCUGAGCAGGUCCCUGAGCAAGAGUAUGACUCGCGUUCUCUCUUUGAGCGUCUGCAGGAGCAGAGAGACAAAAAGCAAGAGGAAUUUGAGGAACAAUUCAAAUUCAAGAACAUGGUGAGGGGAUUGGACGAUGAUGAGACCAGCUUCCUGGAUGAGGUUUCCCGGCAACAGAGCUUGGUGGAGAAGCAACGCAGGGAUGAAGAGAAACAGGAACUGUUGGAAUACAGAAGUGCUGUGGCAAAGCAAGUAUCCUCUGACAGCCGCCCAGAGUCUGAGAAGAAGGCAACAGCUAAACAAUCAGUGGUGGAGCAAAGGACCAGCCAUUUGUCUCAAGCCCAUUUACUGGCUGGUGCUGUCAAGAGACGCAGUUCUUCACAGUCAUCCGACAGCAGUAAGAAGCAGAAGGUGGAAAGCACAGCAACAGGAAAUGGAGACAGACAUACAGAGCAGGAGGCAGGAGGAGGGCGAAGACCAGCGGGAGCUGAAAAUCAACAAACUGUCACGGGCCUGACGCCCAAGAGCCCAUCGACCCCCCUUAAUUCCAGUCCGGCUCUGCUUCACCUGCCCUCGGCGGCAGUGUGCAUCGGCGUCCUCCCGGGCCUCUGCGAUUAUUCGGGCAGCAGCGACUCUGACAGCAGCUCGGACAGCGAAGGCUGUGCACGAACCAGAAAUCUCCACGCCGAUGUAUCUUACUGCAUGUUUCAGUUUCAUCAAACAAAAAAAGGGUCGUAUUUUUCGGACUAUUAAGUCACUUUUUUUUUUCAUAGUUUGGCUUGUCCUGAAACUCAUACUCAUGUAAAUGUUUAUAUAUAAAUAUUACAGCUCGAAUUUAGAGCCAAAAUUCCCAAUCCCUAAUUGUAUCAACGACAAUCAACAAGUGGUUGGAUUUGAAACUUGCGCUUCUAACUAUGGAAACGUUUUUCUUUUUACUUUAAAAUGGCUUACCUUGACUAGAAUCCCUCAUCGCAUUGUGGCCAAAGGUUGAAACAUGGUUGUUGUUUUUUUUUUUUUUGGUGCUGUAAAGACAAAAUCCUUCCGGUCAAGAAAAACUUCUCCAUAGUGAGAAGCAAAGUUUUGAAUCCAACAAUAAGUCGUUCAGCGUCUCCACCAUGAUUAGGGAAGGGGGAUUUUGGGUGAUAGUCCAUGUUCUACUGUCCUUGGUCUUGGUUUCUGUAAAAUAAAUUCCUCCCCAUCCAAAAAAAUGUGA